AAAUCGCUUGCUACUCCGUUUUCAUACACGCUCUUGCUCCAAAAGGGACAUAAAAAGACAAAAAAAAUAAAAAGUCAACGCCUAAAAAACCAAGAACCAGGGGAGACAUACUUCCAAGAGAUUUGCAUCAUGCAUGCAACGAAAAACCAGGCCCCUUCCUACAACAUAGCCGUCAUUGGUUCCGGCCUGGGUGGUCUAUCCGCCGCUAUUGCUCUCCGUCGCACCGGCCACAAAGUCACCAUCUACGAAAGAUAUGAUUUCAGCGGAGAAGUCGGUGCUUCGCUCUCACUGGCCUCAAACGGUUCUCGCUUCCUGCAAGAAUGGCAAGUGGACAUAUCCUCCGCUAAGCCCGUCGUCCUGCAGAAGCUCAUCCGCCACGAGUGGUCCUCGGGAAACGUUACCGCCGAGUACCCACCGAUCGAUCUCCAUGGGCAUCUGAAAAAUGUGGCCAUUGCCGAAACGGGAGGCGGGUCUCCGGUGCAGCUAAGAGUCUGCCAUCAGGCGAUCAAAUUGGAUCCCGCUCAGGGGAAAAUAACAUUCGAUAACGGCAAAGAGGCUGUUCACGAUGUUGUCGUCUGCGCCGACGGGAUCAGGAGCCAGAUGCGAGAGCAGCUUGGCAUCGUUCCAGACGUCGCACCAUCCACGUCGUGUUGUUACCGGUGUAUCAUCAGCGCUGAGAAGCUCCGUGAACUGGGACUCGGCGAGUUUGCUGAAAACAGUGCCAUUGAGUUUUGGGGCGGCAAUGGCAUCGAUAAGGUUGUCAUGAGCCCAUGCUCAAACCACCAAGUUGUUAGCUGCUAUUGCUUCUACCCAGCGGAAAAGAAUAAUCUCAAAGAGGAUGGUUGGAAUAUUUCUUCCACAGGCGAGAAUCUUGCAGCAACCUUCUCCGACCUAGAUGGGCGGCUGCUCACCCUGUUUCGUAACGCAGAGGAUGUCAAGAUGUGGCGCCUGUAUAACCAUGAGCCCUACCCCUAUUGGGUGAGCGGUCGCUGCUGCCUACUUGGAGACGCAGCUCAUCCGAUGAUGCCCGAUCAAUCUCAGGGCGCAUGCAUGGCGCUCGAGGAUGCAGGGGCACUUGGCAUACUCUUCUCCACCAAAUAUGCACACCUGUCUAUACCUGAAAAGCUUCAGCUGUACGAGCUGGAGCGCAAGCCACGCGCCACGCGAGUACAGGAGAGCAGUCGAAGGGCCAGAACAGACAUCACAGAAAGGAUUGGCUGGAGCAGUGCCAACGACCGCCCAGGGAAGCUGACUAUUGAAGAAGUAUGUGGGUAUGAUAUGCAUUCUCACGUGGCUGAGCUGGUUACGAGCCUCUCCCAAGCUCCAUUGUCAAACUCUCGAUAAGCGAGCAACAGCGAUAUUAUUGCUGCUGCUACCAGCUGUAGUACUGGUCGUGACGACGGAAACUUCUAAUGGCCGAGAAUUCGACCGCCAAUACAAGCCGGAGAUUGUAUGGAUUAUUCCAUAAAAGGUAGUGAGAAUUUGUCAAAUUAUGCCAAGCCUGGUCCUCUUUGUUAAGCGACGGCAAACCAAAUGUGCCUAGAAAACAGCCAGGCCAUGCAUCUCCUCGUAUCGGAUCCGUGCCCAGUUGACAAUAGUACCGGUGCCGUCGGUCUCGUCUCUCAUCUUCCAGACGCGCUCAACCAGCUCCCGCGCAUUGUAGAUGUAUCCAAAGCCACAUGUGCGCUCCAUGACUAGGAGGCGGUCUUGAAUGACAACACGCUGCUCCAUGGUCCAACAUGCACCCCCGGCCAUAACAAGGGGGUACAUGAGGCAGGGUUCCAAGGCACUGCCGUAGCG